AGCAACAUGGCUGAUGGUACCUACAGCCACGUUAUCAACAAAGUCACAUUUAUCUAACAAUGAAAUCCACUGAGGAAGCAUGUCACACUGGUGUUGUUGUUGUGCACGUGCAGCAGGUGGUUUAUCUGUGAGAUUGUUUUCUCUCCUGGAGGAUCCUUAACCUCUCCUCCUCCUCCCACGCAGACCUCCCAGGUCUCCUCUCCGCCGGAGGCUUCAUGGACGCGCACAAUCCGCUUGAUAGUAAAACGGGAGAUUCUGCAACAGUGAAACUGCUGAGAGGAUCUUCAGUGUGUGGGCAACACUAGUUCACUAUCGGCUGCGUGGUGGAGCGCGAGGCAUCCGCAUGACGGUGUGAGGAGCGUCUUGGACAGAGAGCGUCGUCAGUGAGGACAAGUGAAGACGGAAGGAUCUCAUGAAGGAUCUCAUGACGGCUCCACACAACUAAAGGCACAACACAGGUUUCCCACGAGACCUGCCUCCUGGACCAGGUGCUGGAGUUGAUUAUGAGCGAGAAGCCCCCCAACAGUGCAAGCCUUUUCCUAAACGAGGACGCGGACAAACCCCCCCUUCCAGAGAGAGGAGACUUGAGGAGACGCCUACGCAGGGCCAUGGAGAAGAGAGCCAGCAGCAUGAAGGAGAGGAUGAGCUCCAUCGGUCGGGACAGCGUCAAAGGUUUCCUCAAGAGGAACCUGUUUGUUCUGUUCACAGUCGCCGCCGUGGCUCUGGGUGUAGUCCUGGGCUUUGCUCUACGCCCCCACAACCUGUCCCUGAGGGAUAUCAAGUACUUUUCCUUUCCAGGGGAGCUGCUGAUGAGAAUGCUCAAGAUGCUGGUGCUGCCUCUCAUCGUCUCCAGUCUGGUCACAGGUAUUUCCUCCUUGGACAGCAAAGCGUCAGGUAAGAUGGGUAUGCGUGCGGUCGUCUACUACAUGGUGACCACCCUGAUCGCUGUGUUCAUCGGCAUCGUCAUCGUGGUCAUCAUCCAGCCGGGGAAAGGCAGCAGGGACAGUCCGAUGGCCAAAGGUGGAAACAUAGAGCCGAUUCAGGCUGCGGAUGCUUUCCUGGAUCUCAUCAGGAACAUGUUUCCUCCCAAUCUGGUCGAGGCUUGUUUCAUGCAGUAUAAGACUGCGUACAAGAAGACUGUGCACAUCAGGAACGUGACCGUAGCCCUGAACCUCACCGACUCUCUCAACAUGACGGAGUCCACCCUGAGCGUGAACCUCAGCAGGGUGCUGCACACCAUACAGGAGACGGUGGAGGAGACGGUGCCUGUGUCCGGCUCCUCCAGCGGAGUGAACGCUCUGGGUCUGGUGGUUUUCUCCAUGUGCUUCGGGCUGGUCAUCGGCAGCAUGAAGCAGCAGGGUCAGGCUCUCAGGGACUUCUUCGACUGCAUGAAUGAAGCCAUCAUGAGGCUGGUGUCCAUCAUCAUCUGGUACGCUCCAGUCGGCAUCAUGUUCCUGAUUGCGGGGAAGAUGGUGGAGAUGAAGAAUCUGGCAGAGGUGGGCGGCCAGCUGGGGAUGUACACCAUGUCGGUCAUCGUGGGUCUCCUCAUCCACGGCCUCUUUGUCCUGCCACUGCUCUACUUCCUGGUGACCAAGAAGAAUCCCUACAUCUUUAUCGGUGGCCUGCUGCAGGCGCUCAUCACUGCUCUGGGAACCUCCUCUAGCUCUGCCACCCUGCCCAUCACUUUCCGCUGUCUGGAGGAGAACAACCGUGUGGAUAAACGAGUGACGCGCUUCGUCCUCCCUGUGGGGGCCACCAUCAACAUGGAUGGCACCGCCCUCUACGAGGCUGUGGCAGCCAUCUUCAUUGCCCAAGUCAACGACAUGGACCUAAACUUUGGGCAGAUUCUCACCAUCAGUAUCACGGCAACGGCUGCCAGCAUCGGAGCAGCAGGCAUCCCUCAGGCUGGCCUGGUUACCAUGGUGAUCGUAUUGACAUCGGUGGGACUGCCCACGGAGGACAUAACACUGAUCAUCGCUGUGGAUUGGUUCCUGGACCGCUUGCGCACCACCACCAACGUGCUGGGGGACUCGCUCGGGGCGGGCAUCGUGGAGCACCUUUCUCGUGCAGAGCUGCAGAGUCAGGACGCUGAGGUGUGCAACUCUGUAAUCGAGGAGAACGAGAAGCCCUACCAGCUGAUCUGUCAGGAAAACGAUUCACUCAACCACCGCAACAGUGAGACCACAAUGUGAAGACAAGAGCUGCACCCUUAAGGGCUCAAUGUACCAUUUUUAGUGAGAAGGUUGGCAUUCGAUGGUGCAGUCCUAGAAAAUAAUAGUGCAGGGUCAACUCAGCCAGUGCUUGGGGUACCAAGAUCAUGUUUGCAGUUUCAGACGAAAUCUUUCCUUCAAAUACAAAAAAGUUCUCUUUGAAAGGAGGAGUUGCAUGAUGACAGGAAAUAAGUAUACAUGCCAACAAUCAGAUGUAUUUUGAACUGCAGUGCCAGUUAUAUGUUUGAUGACUGUUUUACAUCAAUGUCCGGCAACACUUGAAAGUCAUUUUCAAAGAUUUGUAUCAUGUAUGAUCCAUUCAGUCAAAGCAACAUAAGCUUUUUACCUUACAGAGUAUUAUCGUAGAGAAACACCACCAUUCAUAAAUACAAAGUAAACCAGAUUAUAUGUAAAUCUGCAUAAUUUGGCUAUUUCCGUUGCAUGACUUAACACUUAAUACAUAUAUUUAUUAACACUUAGUCAUCCUCAUUACGACUACCUCUAACAACACUUAGAUCUGGAGCUUCACUUCUACUCACAGAAAUACUCAAUGGAGCAAACCAGCAGGAUGUAAAUAUAUCAGUCUUAGUUUUGAAUAUGUUUUAUGUUAUUUAAAUUUGCUUGCACAAGUUAUUUGUACACUUUUGAAUGUACUUGACAGUGGAGGAUGAUGUGAAGGAGAAUCUUUGCUACUUAUUAUUUUGAAGUUGAUCUACUUCUAGUGACUUGGUAGAACGUUUUCCACUCUUUCUUAUGAAUAUUAUAUUGGUGUGUAUUUCCUGUAUUUCUCUGGUGCUAUUGCUUAAAUGAUGGGUGAUGGACUGUUCUGCUACACAGUACUCUCACAGAAGUACCUGAAGUUAUACUGUUUCUUUUUACUCCAAACAAAUAUUCAGUUAUUUUAGUAGAAAUAUCAAACAAGAGAAUCAUCUAUUUGUGUUUCUUCUUUAAACAUUCUUUAAGCAUUUUUUAUUCAGAUUUCUGAUUUAUAAAGUAAAAACAAGUUUCCAGACUUUGAACAAUGUGCUUUCCCAUCAGAACAUUAUGACACCUGCCUGUCUGUGUUUCUUUUGUCAUAUUAUCAACAUUUAAUUUAGUUUUAUUUAUUUAUUGACUGGAAUUAUACAGUAUAUUGCAAGCUAAUGAUGGAUUUAUUGUCUUGUGAAAUGGUACUGUGAAGAAAGUUUUGAAGAAUUUAAUGUAAAGUUGCUUUAUACCUUUUGGUGUUGAUUGUUUUAGAGGAAAGUGUAGUUGUGUGGUUCUGAAAGUUAAAAGUUAUUUACCUUCUAAAGGUCUGAAUGUGUCACAGUGAUGCUCAUUAAGAGGUUUGACUUUAGUUUUGAAGCUCGAUGUUAUUUCAGUAAAAGGCUCAACAGUUUGAUGGACAGCUUAUGGAAAGAAUGUGACAAAUAAAUGGCUCAGGAAUUGAA